CUCCGCAUUGCCUUAUUUACAACCUUCACGGCCCACCGGAAACCUUACCUAAGGAGAUAUAUUCAAUCAUGUCGUCUCAUGAGACUCUCGCUGCCGCGGCGAACGACCGCAAGUCUCGUCUGGCGCAUCUUAGAUCUCUAAAGCGCAAACAAGCACCCGCCGAAGACGAAACCGCGCCCUCGGACCAAGAACCCUCUAAUGCACUCAUUCGUACGGGACCGGAGGAGGAGCCUGUCACCAAAUCUAUUCUCAGCGGAAGAAACUACGACCCAGAGACGCGCAAUGUGAAGCUCGGCUUUGGAGCACCGCCCAUAGCAGACCCGACGCAAACCCUAGAGUACAAAGCCGAACAACUUGCGCUACAGACCAAGCAACAACAAUCCGCAGAGGAAAAGGAGGAUAAGCCGUUGGAUUUGUUUAAGCUGCAGCCGAAGAAGCCCAACUGGGAUCUAAAGCGAGAUUUGGAAGAGAAAAUGAGGCCUCUGAAUGUACGGACGGACAACGCAAUUGCGCGGAUGGUCAGGGAGAGGAUAGAGACGCAAAGGAAGACUGCCACGUUAAAGCAGAAUGAAGAGAAUAAAGAGAGUGAAGAAGUCGGUAUGGAAGGGAGGGAGCUCGUGGAAGCAAUGCAUUUGAUGGAAAAGGAGGGCGAGGCCGACCAAAAGCGGGACGAAGAAGAAGACGUAAGCUGAAGAGGCCUCCCCUUGUUUUUGGCUCGAAGAAUAUCACCGGGCCAUAAUCAGCAGGUCUGUGCCCCCCCCCCCCCCCC